AUGGAAACAUUAUCAGAUCGGCAUCCGGACGAACUCGGAGAGACGGAGAUUGAGCCGCUCUGGUCGCAGGUAUACGAAGGCGAGAGAAAUGAGAAUGGCGAGAGGCAUGGUAAUGGAAAGGCUUUACUACCAAACGGUGAUCAGUACAUCGGCCAGUAUCGUAACGGGCUUAGAUACGGUAGAGGUGUCUACGUGUUCAGAAACGGUGCCCGGUACAACGGUGAUUGGAGAGACGGACGCAAAUACGGUCAAGGGAUCUUUUGGUACCCUGACGGAACGCGAUACGAAGGGGAAUGGAAACACGACGUGAAACACGGUUUCGGUGUUUAUUAUUACGCGAAUAAUGACAUCUACGAAGGCUCAUGGAAGAAAGAUCUUCGUCACGGUUUGGGAACGUACGUAUACGCUAAUACAGGGACAAAAUUUAUGGGCACGUGGGUGGAGGAUCGCAUGCAAGGACCUGGGCAACUCGUUCAUGAGCGUUAUCGUUUCCACGGUUUUUGGAAAUUAAAUUUGCCAUACGGACGCGGUUGCUUCACUUUUGAAAACUUGUGCAUGCAACAUGGUCAUUACAUACAUGUGAGAGAUUCUGCAUAUGAUGAUCAGGCUUGGAUGUAUAGCGAUAAAAUUGUGGAGGAAGAUGACGAGGACAAGGCCAAAACGGUAACGACAGAAGAACCCUUUUCUCCAAGGAUAGCCAUUCUGGCAGUAUGGCGUGCUCGUUGCAUCACACCUUACAAUCCGGAGUUAUUGCCGCCAGAAGCAGUACCCUUGCGAGAAGAAGUCGUGGUGGCGUCGGCGUCGGCGUUGGAAACAAGUCGCGGAUUUGCGCAGCGACUCUGGACGGAUCGCCUCCGAAUCGUUUAUCACGAAGGAUUCGAUUAUAGCGAAUAUUCUCGUCGCACCGCACACGCCCGUGAUGCAUUACAUAUGUAUUUAAUUAAUUGUGUAUGCGAUGCACGCCCGCAAACACUUAAAAUAUUCGCCUUGAUGUGAGAAUUGUACGAACGUCCAUCGGCCAGACUACGAAAAAAAAAUGAUUAUGUUUGUAUUUUGAAUCAAUUCUCAGCGCGUAUCAUUGAAAGCAAAAAAAAAUCAUUUCAAAAAUUCUCAUCCAAAUUUUAAAAUUCACAAAACUUAUAAAAAUUCCUAGCGCGUAUC